AUGCUAACUGCUAUAAAACACCAAGAAGAAGUACACGACAGCAGUAAUGCAACUUUUUGGAUGCCGAACCAAUACCAUUCGCGGUUGGUCUUCAAACUGUCUGUGUAAUCAUUGUCACGGGAGUUUAAAGUAAACUUUUCGAAAGGAUGCGGUUUCCGAAAGCUGACACCAUCAUUGGGGUUACAGCUGGGGCUGUUGGUGCCAUUGCUUUGACCCCGUUUGCGCUCUACAUGGCUGGGUUCACCGCUGCCGGGAUCGCAGCCGGUUCGGUGGGAGCUGGGCUGAUGUCAUCAGCUGCCGUCGCCAGCGGGGGAGGAGUGGCUGCGGGGAGUUUGGUCGCAGUACUCCAGUCUGCAGGUGCUGCGGGACUGUCUGCAGCUGGAACAGCUGGUGUGGCGUCUGUCGGUGGUGCUGUGGGGGGUCUGUUUGGAGGAGCUGUUGGUUUGCUGAAAAGGAUGAGGAAAUAAGAAAUGUCCAUCGAGCUUCUGAUCACAAACAAAAGCUGCCUCCCAUUUCAAAGGCUGCAUCCUUCGAAGGUCUGAGAAGGAUCGUUAAAUGGGGUGGUCUAUGGAGGAAUCCUCUUGUAAUAAAUAAGAUUUUUAAUACUAAUAAAUUCUGAUAUAGCAAACAUUAAA